AUGCUUCGUGCUUUGGAAACUCUUGGGUUAGGUAUCAAAGAAAACAGAGAGAAUAAAAGAGCAACUGUGGAAGGUUGCAGCGGGAAGUUUCCUGUUGGAAAUGUAGCAAAAGAGGAUAUUGAACUAUUCUUGGGGAAUUCUGGUACUGUUAUGCGCCCAUUGACUGCUGCAGUUGUCGUUGCUGGUGGAAAUGGCCGUUACAUACUUGAUGGAGUCCCACGUAUGAGAGAGAGACCAAUUAUGGAUUUGGUUGUGGGUCUAAAGCAUCUUGGUGCAGAUGUUGAUUGUAUGAUGGGUACUGAUUGUCCCCCUGUUCGUGUUAAUGCAAAUGGAGGGCUUCUUGGAGGAAAAGUGAGGCUUUUUUACUCUUGUAUUUGA